CGCCACUAUCGCUUGUUUGAUUUGCGUGAGUAGUGAACACGGACCCGCUGCAAUAUGACAGGAACCAAGCUCGAGCAAAACUCAAUCGGCAUGUGUAAAUUCAUCGUUUUGGCUAUGAAAUAUAACAAAUUGAUAAAGAUCCGGCAACACAUAUGGCAGCACACAGCUGUAGGCUAAAUCUUAUAGAGUACUGUAAUUCGCGUACAGCGAAAUAUCAGAUAGGAAGCAUAUGAUAGUGAUUGCAUUGAAUGUACAAAUCAAUAUAUUGCAAUCGAAUAGAGAUAUAAAGACGUGAUCGGGUAUAAUGUAUUUCCUGUUUUCAUGUUUCACUCACAUGGUGCCUCUGAAAGAAAGACCGGGCUUCUCCGCAACCUAAAAAAAAAACUCAGGCACUCAAAAACGGCUGGGCCAAGGAGUGCUAUUAUUCGAUUGUUUUCUUCUCACUUAACUUCGUAUAUAUGGAAACUCGUAUCGAAAACGAUCACAACGAGACCAUUGUCGGCAUUCUCGUGGAGAAAGAGACUUAUCCCAAGAAACUGGUGCUCAUUGCUCAUGGUGAAUUCGGCGAUAAGAAUAGCCUGUACCAACCAUUAUUAGCGGAGCAGCUUCCUUAUUCCACGUUUCGUUUUGAUUUCCGUGGCCAUGGAGAUAGCCAUGGUCAAACAGGUUAUGCUAACAUGGCUGAAGAUGUUCAAGAUUUGCAUACCGUGGCCGAUUAUUUUGAAAACAGGGGAUAUGAUAUCAUGGCUGUAAUAGCCCAUUCACGUGGUUCAACGGCUGGGUUGAAAUAUGCAACCACUUGCGAUAAACCCUUGUCGCAUUAUGUGAACAUUGCCGGACGAUAUAUCAUGAAUGAUUACGGUAUCCAUAUGCACUCUCCGGAAGUUCAAGAAGCUCUGAAUCGUCAAACGAAGCAAAAUGGAAAGACUUUUGUUAUCAAAGUGACAGCAGCCGAUCUUGAAAAAAUCAAACAAUGGGACAGCUCUCAUGUUUCUCGCAUGCCAAAAUCCACCUGUGUUCUCACUUGCCAUGGUCUCAAAGAUACUUAAUCAUACACUUCGUCUGGUUCCUGACGCUGACCACGAUUUCACCGGCAAACAUGAAGAAUUGGUGCAAACGAUUGUGGAUUAU